AUGGAAGGACCUUCUGGUGGUGCAGAUAAAUAUAAUUCUUUAUGUGUAAGAAAAGAUGAUGUCAUAGAGAAUGAAAUGAAAAUAGUUGAGAAUGAUAUAAACAGUAUGAGUAAUGUAAGUAGCUCAAGCAAUGCUAGUUUUAUGAAAAAUUUUAAUAAUUAUUAUAUACAUGAACCACUUACAAAUUAUUCACAGGAAUAUAAAAAUCUAUAUGGUGAGGAGAAUUUAAAUUCUUCUGAAUGUAAUUUGGGUGUAAAUAACAAUAAUAUGAACAAUGCGAGUAUGCUUAUGAAGAAGAAUGAUGGUUAUAAUAACUAUUAUAAAUUAAAUUAUAUGAUAAGAGAAAGAAUACAUCCUAAUUAUAAUCAAUUGAAUAAUGUGUAUAAUAUAAAUAAUAUGAAUAAGAUGUAUUAUAUGAGUCAUUUAAAUAAUACAAUUCCAUUAAACUACAUAAAUGUUUUAAAUCAUAUAAAUGAAACUUUACGAAAUAAUAUUACUACUUAUAAUAAUUAUAAUAAUAAUGACCAAACGAAUUUUAAUAAAGAUUUAGAACAUAAUAAUAACAAUAAGGAUGUAACUAACAGUGGUAGUAUGAAUUACUCAAAUGAGGAAGGUUCUAAUAUUGCUCCGAAUAUAUAUUUAAAUAAGAAUUCUAGAUAUAAUAGUUAUUAUGCCAUAAAUAAUAAUUCUGACAAUGUUCAUAUGAGAAAUUACAAUAAUGAAGAUAAUAAAUUUAAUAUGAACAAAGUGCAUGUAAUGAAUAACAAAAUGGAUGUUGUAAAUGUGAGUGAUAAUAUGAAUGAAAAUGAAGAUGUGAAUAUACCAAUAGGUUGGUCAUUAAAGGUUCCUUUAAAUGUAAAAAUUAAUAAUAAUGAAAGUAAUCACAUAGAUGAUGAUUUCACAUCGAAUGAUAUAAUGAGCAAUAUUCUAUAUAGUGAAACCCCAAAAAAAAAGAAUGAAAAAAGGAUGAUGUUGAAAAAUAUUAUGUAUCCUAAUGUUAUAAAAAAUAUAGAUGGAAGUAAUAAGAAGGAUAUAAAUAAUAUGAACUACAACAACAUUGAUAUGAAUAUUAAUAAUAAGAUUCCAAAUAAAUUUGAUGAAAAUAAAAAUAUUAGAAUUGAUAAAAGGGAUCAUGAUAAAUAUUUGAAUAAUAAGGAUUAUGGCUACCUACCAAAAUGUUAUAAUGAGAACAAUAUUGAGUGUAUUGAAAAUUAUAAAAACGACAUAAAUGAAAAUAAAAAUAAUUUUAAUGAUAUAAAAAGGAAUGAAAAUAUUAUUAAAAAAAAUAAUAUUAUGAAUUUUAAUGAAAAUAAUAAUGAUAAUAUUAAUGAUGGAAAUAAUAAUAAUAAUAAUAUUUAUAAUAAUAAUAAUAGUACUAAUAAUGCUCUUAUAACACUUGGUGAAAAUAUUUGUAGUACUAGUAAUUUUCAAAAUAACAAUUUAUAUGAAAAAAAUAAUUUAGUUGAAAUAAAAGAUAUAAAUAUACAUGAAAAUUUUUGCGAUGAAAAAAAUAAAGAAUUAAAAAAAUAUAUGGUUCCAAAAAAUCAAGAUACUUUAAAUGAAGUAACUAAUAAGAUUCUUAUAAAUAAAAAUGCAGAAUUAACUAACCAAAAAAUUUUAAAAAAAAUAAUGCGUGCAAAUAUUAAUGCAUGCCCAUUAGGUAGUAAUAAUAAUAAUAUACAUUUUUAUAAUGAAUUUAUAAAGGAUGAUAAUUAUUAUAAUAAUAUAUGUUUAAAUAAUGAAGAAUUAAAAAAUAAUAAUAAUAAUAAUAUUAUCCUAUUUAAUGCUAAUAAAAAUUGCAAUUAUAAGAAUCUUCAUUUAAAGAGUACAAAUAAUUAUAAUCGUAACAAUAAUAUUAAUAAUAAUAAUAUUGAUAAUAUUGAUAAUAUUGAUAAUAUUAAUAAUAUUGAUAAUAUUAAAUAUAAUAAUUUGAAUGAAUUUGAAGAAGAAGAAGAAAAUAAAGAAUAUAAAAAAAACGAACAAGAAAAAUUACCAAAUGAACACGAAGAACACGAAGAACAACAAGGGGAAAUAAUUAAAAAAGGUAAAAAGAAAAACAUAAAAUCAAAUAAAAAAAUUAUAAAGUGUAUUAAUUCAACAAAUGAAUUAUUAUAUUUGAUGAAUUAUGAUAAUAAAAAUAAUAAUUAUAUAAAAGAUAAUACAAAAAAUCUUGUUGAAUUUAAAAAUAUUAAUAAUAUAAAUAAUUUACUCUCUAAUAAGUGUCCCCAUGUUUUAAAUGUUUCAUCGUUAAACUUAAAAAAAAAUAUGGAAAACCAAAUGGGAAGAAAUAAUUAUAGUUUUAAUAAUAUAAAUAAUAAUCAUCUUAAUAAUGAUAUCCAUAAUUUUAAUCACCAGUUACAUAAUUUAAAACAUAUUAAUAAUACAGUUAAUUUAAGUAAUUGUGCUAGCCUUCAAAAAAACAAUGUGCAAAUGAGAAUGAAUACAAAAAAUAUAGUACCAGAAGAAAAUAGAAAAAUAGAAUCUUUUAUGAAUAUAAACAACAAUUCUUCAAAUAUAAAUUUUAUUGAACAUAAUAUGAUGAAUAAUAAUAUGAUGAAUAAUAAUAUAAAUAAUAAUAAUAUGAUAAAUAAUAAUAUGAUAAAUAAUAAUAAUAUGAUAAAUAAUAAUAAUAAUAUGAUAAAUAAUAAUAAUAAUGAAACCCCUAAAAGAACUCAUAGAGCAUCAUUAAAUAUAAUGCCAAAUAUGAAUAUACCUCAAAAAAAUAAUUUCACAUUAAAUUCUAAUAAAAAUGAUGUUGUUAUGAAUAAUAUGAAUUCAUAUCAAAUAAAACAUGUAAAUUAUGAAGAUAUGGAAAAUAAAAAUGUUUAUCCUAAAAAUUUCUUAAAUAAUUUAGAAAAUCUUCACAUGACUACUACUAUGGAUAGUAACAAAAAAAGAGCUAGCGAAAAUAGUGGUGAUCUAAAUCGAAUGUUGAAUAAUAAUUUAAAUAGUCCUAAUAAUAUAAAUAACAUAAAUAAUAUAAAUAAUACAAAUAAUACAAAUAAUACAAAUAACAAUAUUAAUAUUGUUAAAAGUAAAACUAUACAAAUGAAUUCUCCUUUAAAAAAUAUUACGAAUACACUUCAUGCUAAUAAUUAUAAUAUGAAUAAAAUGAUGGUGUAUCAAUCACAAAAUAUUAUUACACAUGGUAAUACAAAUAAUAAUAAUACUACUACUACUACUAAUAAUAAUAAUAAUAAUAAUAACAAUGUUUAUCCUUACGAUAAUAAUGCAGAUAACUCUAAUAAAAAUUCUGCAAAUAAUAAUUUCCUUAAUCAUUUAAAUAAUGAAACACAAAAUAGAAAAAAAUAUAUGACUAGUAGUCAUACAGUAAACAUGCAAAAUAAUGGAAACCACGUUCAUAUAAAUAAUAUUAGUAUGAAUAAUAUCAAUAAUAAUAAUAUGAAUAAUAUCAAUAAUAUCAAUAGUAACGUUAUGGUUGCUUAUAACAAUGUCCCAAGUAAUAAUAGAAACUACAAUAAUGAUAAUAAGAACCUAAUGCUUAAUCCUCAUUAUGACAUGAUGAAAAGAAAUGAAAACACACAAACUAAUAAUUUAAAUAUGGCAAAGGUUCAAAAUGUUUAUAGUAAUAAUAAUACUGGUGGUUUCGUUGUAAGUAAUGAUUAUGUUGUAAAUAAAAAUAUGAUAAAUGAAAACAAAACAUCGAAUUUAGAAACAAAUCAUCCAUAUAACCAUAUAGAUAAGAAAGUGAUGAAUGACUUCAAUAAUAAUAAAAGUGGAGGAAAUAUAAAUUAUAAUAAUAUGUUAAAUAAAAAUAUACAGAACAGAAUGAAUAAUUCUAAUGUAAUAGUACAAAAUAAUAUUCGCUCAAGUAUUUUAUUAAAUAAAAAUAAUAGUAUUAGUAAUAAUAAUAAUAAUAAUAAUAAUAAUAAUUUUGUAUAUGAUAAAGAAGAUGUAACUAAUAUAAAAUAUGAUUUAUUAAAUAAUAAGAAUGUUCAUAACAAUAUAACAUUUAUUGGCUCCCCAAAAAAUCUUAAUAAUUCAUUGAUUCCUUUGAAUAAUAAUAUGAAUAAAAAUAUAAUAUCAGAAGAUAUAAAUAAAAAUGGAGAUAUUAUAAAUUCAUAUAAUGGAAAUGCAUUACCAAUUAAUUAUGAUCGAAAUGAAUAUGCAUCUUCACACUCUGAAAAAAGUACAAACAUAAAUGAUACAUUUAUGAAUUCUAUGAUAAAUUCAAAAAAUAAUAAUAGUAUUCAUUUAAAUCAGAUGUUUACAAAAAAUACUAUAACAUCUAAUAAAAAUUGUAGUAAUGAAACACAAAUAAUGAAUAGAAAAAAAUUAACAAGAACACAAAAUAUAAAUAAUUUAAAAUCAACAGAUAUUAAUUCAAACAUUAAUUUUAUUAAUCAUAAUAUUAAUAAUAAUAGUGAUGUAAAGAGAAUGAGUAAUUUCAAUAUACAUAGAGAUGUUAUGUAUUUGAAAGAUGAACAAAACACAGUUACACAAGAUAUUAAAAAGGUAUGUACUAAUAUGUCAUCAAAUUAUGGUUCUUUAAAUUAUGUAAGUCGUGAUAUUAUCAAUCAGUGCAAAAAUAAUAAUACAAAUAACAAUAACAUGAACAAUAAUAAUAAUAUGAACAAUAAUAAUAAUAUGAUUAACAAUAAUAUGAAUAAUAAUAAUAAUAUGAACAAUAAUAAUAAUAUGAUUAACAAUAAUAUGAACAAUAAUAAUAAUAUGAUUAAUAAUAAUAAUAAUAUAGCAGGGAACAAUUUUGUUGGUGGACUUUUAAGAAAUGACAAUCAUUCAAAAGAUCUUGAUAUACUAAAUAAUUUAAGUAAAGGGAAUAAUUAUAAUGAGUAUGUUAAAAAUAAUUAUUCUUUAGUAAAUGACCCCAAAGUUCUUAAUUCAAAUAAUAAGGAAAACACGAAUAGUCCAUACAAUAAUACUCCUCAUGAUCGUAUUAAUAAUAAUAAUAAAUAUAAUAGUAAUUAUAACAAAACCAUAGAUCAUGCAUCUUCAAAUAAUAAUUUAUCAUCUCCUUCAUGUGUAAAUUUAAAAAAUUUAAUUAAUAUAAAUAAAAAUUUCAAUGUAUUAAUGAAUAAUAUGAACAACGUAGAUCAAUCAUCUUUAAAUAUGAACGCUCAAAGUAAUAACAUGUAUGAUUCUUAUGGUAACGAAAAUAUUGGUAUUAUAAAUAAUAUAGAGAACAAAGAACAAUUAGAAAAUAACAACAACAAUAAUAAUAAUAAUAAUAAUAAUAAUAAUAUGAUGUAUGCAUCAAAUAGAAAUUUAAUAAAUCCAUAUAUGAAUAUUAUGAACAUGACAGGAAAUGUUAAUAUGAACAAUAAUAUAAAUAAUAAUAUGGUAUUAAAUAGAAAUUCCUUAUCUUUAAAUAAUACGAAUUUAAUGAAUGAUUUAAAUAUGAAUGGAAAUCCUUAUGUAAAUUAUAAAACUAAUGCGAAUAUGCCAAAUGAAGAUAUAUACAAUUUACAUAUGAUUCAAAAUAAUGAUGAUAUAAAAAAUAAUUUAAAAAAAGCCGCACCAAAGAGAAAAAAACAAGAAAAUAAAUCAAAUGAAUCUCCUAAUGUUGUAAAUCUUUUAGGUAGUACAAAACGACCAAGAAAAAAGAAAAAAGAUAAUGCAUCUUCAGAAUCAUCAAAUAAUGAUUUAUUAUUAAAAAAUAAAAAAACGGUUAAAAGCCCAAAGGGAAGAAAACCAAAAAAUAAAAAUUUAUCACAACAUAAUGUUAAUGAACAACUAAAUAAUAAUUAUAUUACUAAUGAUAAUUCUUCAAACCUUUUAAAUAAAAAUAUCAUGAAUAAUAAUAUUAACAUGAUCAAUAAUGCUACUUGUUCUUCUACCAUAAGUGCUAAUAAUAAUAUAUCUCAAAUGAAUAAUAUAUAUUCUGAUGGAUUAAAAGAUAAUAGUGAAAAUGCUAAUAAUAUGUAUAACAUGAAUCAGAAAUAUAUAAAUGAUAAUAAGCAAAUGAAUAAUAACAUAAUCACCCCAAAUAAUAAUAAUAAUAUGAACACAACAGCAACAGCAACAACUACUACUAAUAAUAAUAUUAUUAAUAAUAAUAAUAUUAAUAAUAAUAAUAAUAAUAAUAAUAUUAAUAAUAAUAAUAUUAAUAUUCAUGAUAACCAAAUAAACGAACAAACCAUCAUCACGAAUAAAAGUAAAACCAUGAGUACCACAAAAAAUACGUUGAAUCAAGAAAAUUUUGAAAGGAAUAAUUCAGAAAGCAUGAUGGUUUAUAUGAAGAAUGUUAUGCAUGAUAAUGAUAAAUUAAUUAAUAGUAAUGUAUCUAUGAAACAAGAUGCGUUAUCAUUAUAUCCAAAUAAUAUAGAAAUACAAACACAAAUGAAUAACGUACAUAAUGAUAAGCUACUAUUACAAAAUAGGCAUAUGGUAAAUAGUAAUCUAGAAAAUAAUAAUGUGAUUAAUAAAAGUCAGGAAACGCACGAAAAUGAUUCAACAAUGAAUAAGGCAAAUAUAUACACACAUGUUGACGAAAUAUUUGGUCGUCCAAAUAAUAUAAACAAAGUUAAUUCACAGAAUGAAAAUUUGAAUAAACCUGUGAAUCAAGAUAUAAAUACAAAUAUAAAUACAGACAUUAGUACAGAUAUGAAUACAGAUAUUAAUACUGAUAUAAAGUAUGAACAUAAUAAUACUCUUGACAAUUCAAGCAAUGUUCAAGGAACUAUUUCCGAAUAUGAACAAAAAAAAAUCAAUAAGCUUGAUGAUAUUUCAAAUGUAGAUAAUGAUAAUAUACAAUUAAAUAAAGAUCAUUAUAACAAUAAUAAAAUUUUUAGUGAAAUUAAUAAGAGCGAAGAAUAUACUCACAAUGUAACUUUCUCGACAGAUAACCAAAGUAGUGAAUACAAAAAUAGUAUUGACAGCAAUGCGAAUGUGGUCGAACAAAAUAUGGAUUAUAAUAAAAAUAAUAAUAAUAAUGAUGAUGGGGAUAUAAAUGAUUCUCAUUUAAAUGAUAUGAACAAAGUAAUUAAUAUUAAUAAUAAUAGUGUCAUAAAUAAAUCUAUUGUAGAAAUAAUGGAGAAUGAAUAUCCUUAUGAUUCCUUUGAAAAUGUGAUUCAUAAUAAUAGAGAUGGAAACGUUAUUUCAUAUAAUGAAAAUUUUGAAUAUAAAAAAAAUAAUAUCUUAUUAGUAUCAAAGAAUACAGAACAUAGUAAUGGAAAUGUUUACCAGAUUAAGAAUCGAGCAUUUGAUAUUUAUUUAAAUGAAAAAACAAAAAAUAGAAUAGAAAAAGAUAUCCAUAAUGAUAAUAUUAAAAGUAUGAAUAGUAAUUAUGAUAAUGUAGAAAGUUAUAAAAUCCAUAAGAGUAAUGAUAAUAUUAAUAGUAACAAUAAUUUUGAUUCAUCUAAUGUGAAUAAUAAUCAAGUAGAAGAAAAAUUAAAACAUGGAAUUUCCUCUACAGAUUGUGCCUAUUGUGCUGAUAGUUCAUUUACUUCAAAUUCUAAUAUAGGCGAAGAAUUUAAUGAAGAAAGCGCUAUAUUAAUUGGAUCAUUUAGAGAUAAUAAACAUUUACAUAUGGAUAAAAAUGAAAUAUUAAAAAACCAAAUGAAAUAUAAUAUUUUGGAUAAUUUAAUAAAUAUUAAUUUCAAAGAUGAAAUAAAAAGAAUAAUACAAAAUGCACAAGCUACAUUUAAUAUGAAUGAUCAAAAUGAAAAAAUC